AUGUCAUCUCGACCAACUCAGCAACAAAUGCAAGAAUUAGUGGAAUUCUUGAAAGGUGAUCCUCAACUGGUGGCUGGUAAAUUUACACCAACGUUUACCCAAAAGGUUGCACAAAAAAGGUGGGAAGCUAUUGCUGAAACACUGAAUGCCUUACCCGGCACUUCCAAAUGUUGGAGUAAAUGGCGUAAAACAUGGCAAGACACUAAAGCUUCAACUAAAAGCAAAGCUGCUGAAAUGUCAGCAUUUGUGCGUAGGGGAACUGGUGGGGGACCACCCACCUCAUUAGUUCUUAAUGGUGUUGAAGAAAACGCACUUCAAUUAAUUAAGCCCGUUUCAAUAUCAGGUCAUGCAUUAUCAGUUGAAUCCAUUGCAGAAUUUUCAUUUGAACCUGAUAAUUUAGAGACUUAUGCAAACGUAGAUGAUUUACUAAAUAAAACUCCAUCGAGUCCUGAUCUUUUUCCUUCCUGUUCUUACCAACUAACUGAAACUUCUGAUACUCCUACCAAUAAUAUGUUUCCUAAACUUAAUCGUCCUAAUCCAACAAUCAAUUCCAAAGUUAAUGGUCAACAAUCUUCAAUUGUUCGAGAAAAAGUUAACUGUAAUACCAAUAAACGUACAUCAUCUGCAGCUCGAUUGGAUGAAGGUAAUUUAAUUGGUGAGAAAUUGGCAGACUUAGGAGAACGCAAAUUGUUGGCAAAACAAAAAUAUUGGGACCAAAAAACUGUCUCUUUUAGCUGA